ACGAAAUCUACUCGGCAACGGCAGCGGCACUCAACCGUACCAAAAACGAAACGCCUCGAUGGGGUUGUGCUAAUAAAUAACAACAAUACUAAUAAAAUUUACUAGCUUAACUAAAAAAAAAGUCACGCAUGGCGUAAUAACGAUUAAGAAAUAAUAAUCGAAUUCGUACAAUUAAAGAAAAUUAAAUAGUAAUUUUGUGUUCUCGAAAAUCAAUUCGCCACUCGCAACACAACACGCGUUAGUGUAAACAAUAAUAAAAUAGUAUUAAAAAAGGAGCGAGCAUCAAAUAGCUUUAGCAUUGACUUGACAGUAUUUGAUAAGGCGGUGCCGUUUGUACAUGUUUGGAAUCUAUAAGGGAUUGGCAAGUGCACGUCUCGGAUGUGAAAGGAUAAUGUGGAAGCAUGUCUUCCAACUCCGUUGUGUCACUUUCAUCUUUUAAUAUAUUAUUUUUUACACAGGUGCUUACGGUUCUGACGUCAUCCAUAAAGUACAACGAAUACGUGACGGAUAAAGGCAAAAAUAUCUCCAUACCCUGCACAGCGGAGGGCAACGUUAUGUGGGUAAAGGAAAGCGGUAGCAAUAGCACCAUAAUACAGACGGGAAAAUUUUUGGUGCUCACCAAUAUUUCAGCCGACGAACGAGGUGUGUAUGUGUGCUUUGCUGCUGUUCCGCCUCGACAUUCUUCCACCCUCAAUACCGCCGACUCCAAUGCAGAAACAAUAAAUGAAGAGAAAAAAUCAAUAUCAGCAUCUUUGCCAGCAUCAGGCUCGUCACCAUCGGCGUCAUCAUCCAUAUUGACAUCAACGUCAUUAUCAUCUUCGUCGUCAGAAGAUGUAAAAAUAGAAACAAUUGUGAAUGCAAGUGCAACAAAUGCUUCAACUACCUCAUCGCUUCCAAUGCCAGUGCCCACAAUAGCUAUAGCCGUCGCCGCUGCCGCUGCCGCCGCCGCCACAGACCCAGACUCAUCCAACAUAUCGUCAGUGAAGCAAGUUGCAAUUGCCAACAAAGCCACCACGUCAGCAAAUGAUGCCCAAACAAUGGGAGUAUUGCCUACACAGCUUAGUCAAAGUCAUGCACCGAACACAAGCUCAGACGUAACAGAUAUAAUGUUAAUACUUGAGCAGCAGCAGCUGAAAGAAGACAAAGGCGAAGAAGAGGAAGCAGUGGAAUAUCAAGCAGUCGAAAAAGUAAAUUUGACCGUACGCACACCGCCAGGGCCUGUUACACAACUUUACUUCAAAGCGUCAACAAUUUUGGGUUUUCUUAUCUGGCGUUUUAAUAAAAAUAAUUCCGGUGGUUACCCGGUGCGCAGCUUUACUGCCGAAUUUCGCAAUCUAUCGUACAAUGAAACACCCUACAACCAUACAUUUGAGCACGAAUGGAGUCGCAUGGACCCUAUUAAUAUUGCACCAAAUGUUCGACAAAUGGAAGUGUAUCGACUGGAGCCUAACACCACGUACGAGUUUCGAAUAUGGGCCAACAACCAAUUGGGUAGUGGCGAGGUAGUUACCACCAAUGUGACAACACUUCCCGAAACCAAAGAGGAGGAUUUAAUACGCCUUAUACAACCCGACUUAGAUAAUUUCGAUCCGCGCAUUUGGAUAAUCGCCGUCAGUGUUGUGCUUGGAACUCUUGUGAUAUUAGCAAUUGGACUUUGUAUAGUUUUAUCGAAAGAAUGUUAUCAAUCAUCGCAAUCGGACUUUGAAGAUGGUUGGGAGAGCAUAGAGCUGAUACCGAAUAUUAUAUUGAAUCCGGGCUUCUGUGAAUCGGAUGGAUCAGAGCCGGUGCAACCAUAUACACGUACCAUUAUCUUUGGCGAGGACGACGAUAGUGAUGGCUACGAGAGUGAAGAGUCCGAUCAUGAGCCAAAAAUGGAGAAAUUCAAACGAAAGGUAUCUGUAUUCUUUACAGGUCCUACAAUACGGCGCAUUUGAGUUAAAUCGGAUAGAGGAUUUGGCGAACGCGGUGAAGGAGGAAGAAGCAUUUAUACAGGUGUUCCGCGUGCUUUUCUAUAUAUGUAU